GUUUGAGAUGCAUGGACUCCUCAACGGCGAAACAAUGUCAUGUAUUUAGCCCGUCAAUGUGUCGAAACAAUAAAAUGUUACUACAUGACGGUGUGAAUUUCUGAACUGACCAAGCGCAACAUUUCGACACAGAGGGAACAUGCCGCCACCCGAAGAGUCGAAAGAUCCUGAGCUACAGGGCAAGAAGCGUCGACGUUCAACGCAAAAGGGCAAGUUUCACAGAAUAUACAACAGAUUUAGAGAAUUAGGUUAUAUGGAGGACCAUGGUGUACUACAAAAUAUUCUUAGUGAUCUAGAAAAGUCCUAUAAUGAUUUAGAAAGAAGUCAUGCAGAAUAUAUAGAACUUUUAGAUCUAGAAAAUGAAUUACAAGCAAGUGAACAUGAAAAUGUUGAUAGAGACAUGGACAAAAUGUACAGUGAAUUAUGUGAGUGCCGUUUACAUGUGACAAGAUUAGCAGAAAAGAUUAAACAAAAGGAAUUAGAGACAAAAACAAAAAAGGAAACCGUUAAAGUUAAAAAACUUGAUGCACCUUCAUUUAGCGGUGCAAUACGGGAAUACCCAAGUUUCAAAAGAGACUAUGAAUGUAUUAUGGUACCAUCGUAUGGCUUAGACCCAUUUGCUCUGAAAAAGUGCUUACACGGAGAGGCAUUAAAAGUCAUUCAAGGAGUGGAUAAUGAUUACGAAGAAAUGUGGCACAGACUGCAGUUAAAGUUCGGCAGACCAGAGAAACUAACAGAUUCAAUUUUGAGUGACAUCCAGAAGCUCAAGGUCAUAGCCGAUGGGGACCAUAUCAGCUUUAUAAAUAGUGUAGAAGUGAUUGAACGAUGUUAUUUAGAUUUGAAACGAAUGAAAAUGGAGAGAGAGAUGAAUACGGCGACAAUGGUAAACGAAAUCGAAAAAAUUCUACCCCCUGUACAAAAGAGAGAAUGGGUUUUGCAGAAGAAAAAACACGCUGGGAAAUUAGAGAUAUUUCUUCCAUUACUUGAAUUUCUGUUAGAAGAAAAGAAUGCCAUGGAAUACAUGCAAUCAGAAAUAAGGAAUAACUCCGAAGCAAGAAUCCACCAUGUAGCAGAGACAAAUUCACAUUCUCCAGUUGAUCAACUAAGUGUUCAGAUGAAGCACAAUCAAGAAGUCCUCCAAAAGGUUGUAGACGGCCUAGCAAGCAUCAAUGAAAUUGUUCGUCAAGGACAUCAAACAAAUCAAAAUCUACCAAGAUUUAGUCGACCCUCGCCAUCACAAAGGAGUUGUUGGUACCAUAACAGUGAUACACAUGAUAUUUCUCAGUGUUGGAAUUUCAACGGAAGGGAUGUUGGUGCUAAAAUGGACUUACUCAGAAAAAAUCGAGGCUGUUUUAUUUGUUUAAAAACAGGACAUAUCUCGAAAUACUGUCCUCAAAAGAAAGGAUGUGAACAUUGUGGAAAAUUACAUCACUCAUCACUGCAUCAAGAAGGUCAAGAGGGAAAUGUUGCUAACAUUGUGAGAAUUGUUAAUAGCAAAGAACCUGGAGAAGAUGUCCUAUUUAUGAUUAUUUAA